AUGGCAACCCCAUCAGUACCCCGGAAGCUUUGGGAACAUCCCUGCCUAGCUUCGACAAAUAUCGGCCGUUUCCGAGCUUCAUUGGAAAGCCACACUGGAAAGGCCUUUCCUGUAAGUAACGGCGCACCGAAUACCCCGUUGCUACCACGGAUGCAGCAGUCGUUGACCACUCCACAGACCUUCCAUGACCUCCACCACUACUCAGUCCAGCACCGAGCCUCGUUCUGGGAUUUUUGCUGGAAAUAUUUCCAGCUCAUACACGACGGGUCGUAUGAGGUAGUUGUGGACGAAACAGCCCGGAUGGACACCAUCCCCCACUGGUUCAACGGUGUCCGGCUGAAUUUCGCAGAGAAUCUUCUCUUCUCAAGCGACGAGCGAGACCGGCUCCGCGGGAAAGAAGACGACAAGGUUGCUGUCGUCGAGGUGCGCGAGGCCGGCGGCGAAGGGGCAACAUAUGUGACGUGGAAGGAACUGCGCCAGCGCACCGGACGCCUGGCCCAGGCGCUGAAGGCCCAUGGAGUCCACCGCGGAGACCGCAUCGCAGUGUGUGCGAGCAACAGCCUCGACACAUUGCUCGUGUUCCUGGCGACGACAGCCCUCGGUGCUAUUUUUUCCUCGAUGUCCACGGAUAUGGGGACCAGGGGGCUUCUUGACCGGCUGCUGCAGAUUAAGCCUGUUUGGCUCUUCAUGGAUGACUUCGCCGUGUACAAUGGCAAGAAGGUAGAUUUGCGCUCGAAGAUGGUGGAAGUCGUCAAGGGCCUGGACGGGGUCACUGAGUUCCAGGGGGUCGUGGCGCAGCCCCGGUUUUCGUCUCCCGCCGAUCUCAGUGGUGUCCCCAGAGCUUGCACGCUGGACGAUUUCCUCGCUAAAGCGCCACAUGAUCGUCUGGAGUUUGAACGAGUGCGGUUCCGCGACCCGUUCCUCGUGGUGUAUUCGUCUGGUACCACGGGGCAACCGAAAUGCAUUGUCCACUCGGUUGGGGGCGUGCUGUUGAACGCUCACAAGGAAGGAGGCCUCCAUCAAGAAAUGGGCUCCGGCAGCGUGAUCCUGCAGUAUACAACCACGGGCUGGAUCAUGUAUCUGGCGCAGGUGCAAGGCCUUCUCUUUGGGGCGCGAAUUAUUCUGUACGACGGGAAUCCGUUCUUACCGAAUGCUUCGGUGAUGAUCAAAUUAGCUGCAAAGGAGAGGGUCACUCACCUGGGCAUAUCUCCCCGAUAUCUGUACGAACUGCAGCGACGCAAGAUCAGUCCACGAGAGAUCGCGGACCUACGCUGUCUACAGCUGGUCACAAGCACGGGAAUGGUCCUUCCCGACUCCCUUUUCGAAUGGUUCUACGAUUCCGGCUUCCCCCCCAAUGUCCGUCUGAACAAUAUCUCCGGCGGGACGGACAUCGCGGGCUCCUUUGGCACUGGCAAUUCCCUGCUACCGGUGCAUGUGGGUGGGUGCGCCGGCUUGGCCCUUGGCAUUCCCGUUGAGGUGUAUGAUUCAUCCAUCGACAGGGGUGGAGCCAAGGGGGUGCCCGUUUCCGAUGGCACACCGGGGGAACUGGUGGCUACGGCAGCCUUUCCCAACAUGCCGGUUGGCUUUUGGGGUGAGGACGGCGACACACGUUAUCACAAGGCGUAUUUUGCUCAUUUCGACGGCGUCUGGACACACGGAGACUUUGUCUCCAUCCACCCCAUCACCAAACAGCUGUUCUUCCACGGACGCGCGGACGGGGUUCUCAAUCCGUCAGGCGUCCGAUUUGGCUCAUCGGAGAUCUACCAAGUGAUCGAGAGCGACUUUGCCAAUGAGGUCGAAGACUCACUCUGUGUAGGCCAGCGGAGACCCUCUGACAACGACGAAAGGGUGGUAUUGUUCCUCAAGAUGAAGCCGAACGCUACUUUUACUGCAGAUCUUGUCAAUAGAGUGAGGGCCGCCAUUCGGAGACGGCUGAGUGCACGUCACGUUCCAUCUUAUAUCUUUCCCACUCCUGAAAUACCCGUGACGGUGAAUUUCAAAAAGGUCGAGCUGCCUGUGAAACAGAUUAUAUCCGGAGUACACAUCCAGCCAUCUAGUACACUUUCAAACCCUGAAUGCUUGAAGUAUUACUCCCAGUUUUUUAAUAUUGAGCAGAUGGCCGCGAGGGAGAGCAAACUUUGA